CGCACGCACCAAGACUACAGCAAAUACCCAGCAAAAUUAUAUCCGCGUACCGCACCCACAAAACACCGACAGAUUCCGAAAUUUAGGGGCCCAAAAGUGGUCUUUUUCUAAGGAACGGUUUAACAUCAGAUACAUUAAAAUGGAGGCCAGAUCAACUGAAGAACUCAUCCGUAUGGCGAAAUUAGCCGAGCAAGCUGAGAGAUAUGAUGACAUGGUAUCAGCGAUGAAGGAGAUCGUGGUCAAAGAGCCAGCUCUUUGCUCGGAGUCAAGAAACCUUCUGUCGGUCGCUUACAAGAACGUCAUCGGAGCCCGGCGGGCGUCAUGGCGGAUCAUCAAAUCGAUAGAAUCCAACCAGGAGGAUGGAUCCGCUAAGCAAACCCAAGCCAAAAAAUACCGUGAACAGAUUGAAAAGGAGUUGCUAGCUCAGUGCGAGGAGGUCUUGAAGCUACUGGAUAAAUUCCUUCUUCCUCAGACGGAACAAGCAGGAGAUGAUGCCACGGAAAAUUUAGAGUCAAGAGUCUUCUAUUACAAAAUGAAGGGAGACUAUUGGCGCUACCUGGCCGAGGUCAGCGAAGACGAUCGCAGAAAGAAUUCAAGAGAGGAAGCUUUGGCUGCCUACAAGGAAGCCGUGGAGUCUGCAAAGAAGCUCCAAUCGACGCACCCGAUUCGUCUCGGUUUGGCUCUUAACUUCUCAGUAUUCUACUAUGAGAUCAUGGGAGAUCCGACUAAAGCGUGUAACGUAGCCAAAGAGGCAUUCGACAACGCACUAUCGGAGUUGGAUAAUUUGAAAGACGAAAGCUACAAGGAUUCCACGCUCAUCCUUCAGUUAAUCAGAGACAACCUCACUCUCUGGACAUCAGACAGCGAGGCAGAAGGAGAGAAAGUGGAGGAUCUUGAGGAGCCACAGGAAUAAUAGUAGCACUUUCUCAUCAGAAAAAACAAAAAGUAAGAUUAAGGGCUGAGAUAACCGGGCUGUACAUGGGAUUUACCCAACUUGGAGUGACAAAACUUGACAUCUUCUCAACUUGCAAGAGAUUCGACUUGGAAAGGGGAAGAAAAAAAAAACCCAAAAUACAAUGACACAGGCAAGAAUGUCCAUUCUCCUUUACUGUAGCAGACUGUGUACAGACCUAAGUAAAGUCACCACCAGUGUUCCUCUUUAUUACUAUGUUGUGGCGUUUGUUUUGAUAUCAACAUUUAGAGAAUGGCAUGGUACAGUUUUGGUAAAAUACAUAGCGGAGAAUCACACGAGGACAUCCAAACUCGCUAAAUAAAUUGGUGAAAUCUUUCAAUUAACUAAAACACCUUUUGUGACCUUUUUUUUAACAAACCAAAGUUUCUGAAACACCUUCCCACUGAAAUGUUGUACUUGGUAAUUUCUCUGAGUUUCAGCGGCAGAAAUUGGAAAUAAAAAAACAACUAAAUGAAUAAUUGUUAAAGUUAUACUUCCACCUUCAACCAAAAACAUUUUUCAAGGAGUGACAUUGCUGCAAUUCGAACCAAAAGUGUAUCAUGCAUUUUUACAGUAUCCGCCAUUAAAACCAUUUUUUUAGCAAAAUUGUUUUUGAUUGAAAAAAUAAUAAAAUAACACAGUUUGUUUUUAAACGGAGUUGGUAGCAUAAACCAGAACAGUUCUCAGUUUUAUUAUUAGAUCUUAACAGAUAAAAAAUCGUGUUUCAAGCCAGUACUUCGGAAGGGUUAUUCUCUGACAGCAGGGGAUGAUCGUUAAAAGAAAAGAUGGAGACAAAAUAUUUAAAAACUGGUGGUGGUCGUAGGGGUUGUAAGGGAUUGGGUUUGAUUUUAUCAAUACUUGGUUCUGGAGUAAGAGUUAAUAAUGGUAGAUAAGUAAAUGUAUAACCCUCCAAAAUAAUACAAACCAUAGUUAAUCUGUAAUUUGGACUAUACAUUGGUGUUAGAUUGUGGGGUGUCCUUUUUUCUGGGUGUGUGGGGGGGGGGGAUGAAUCUUUCCAGGGGAGGAGGAGAAGAGCGUGGAUUUCAGAUGCCCAGACCAAGUUUGGAUCCAAAAGUUGGACAGUGAAAACUCAAGCAGUCGUUGGACUCAUUCCACGUCAGGUGUGUGUUUGCCGAUUCAAAUGGCCUCCUUCUUGAUCGUGAUUUUGUUGUUUUAAAAAGGACACUCCAUAUGCACAAUUAUUACGUGUUUAACAACUUGCUGCUUCUAGUAGUAUAAAGUCAGUAUGUUACAAUGUAUGGCUAGGAUACUACAGUAUAUUACCCAGGGGUGUUAAUUUUUUGGUCAUUUUAGAGGGUGUUAGAAACCGUAUUCUAUUUUUUUUUUCUUUCCAAGAUCACUUUUUCCCAACCCUCCCCCUACUAUGCCUGAAAGUUUUUAAACCCCCAAAAAAUAAUGAUAAUAAUGUUAAGGUACCGUACUAAAUUAUUUUUUGAACAAUUCCAAAACCUCCUUUUCCUGAAAACCCUGAUACCAGCAUUUUGUUUUGUACAUCUUUGAAAAUGAUGAAAAAAUGUACAACCCCAAAGCCUGUACUUUAGUUGUAGACUUUUCUGUGCUUGUCUUAUUGUGUGUGUGUGUGUGUAUUUGUAUGACAGUUAUGAUAAAGCGUGCAAGUUCAAUAGCCUAAAAAACCUCCUGUGAAAUUCAGAAAUAGAAACCUACUUGAGUUUCGUCAGACUUGAAUGUACAUAUAUGAGCCAAUUGGGGGCGCUAUACCAUAGACAGGGCAUUUUGAUGUGGAUUUGUGCAGCUGUCUAUUUGCGUGAACAUCUGAAGUGAACAUUUGUUGAAGAAAUAUCUACAAAAUCGUGGCUAAUUGAGGAUAUUUCAUAAUAAGGUGGUAACAGACAGAUAGAAAAAUUUGAUGAAGAAAUUAUUAUAACAUUUUUGUUUACUCUUACACUGAUGUCUCGAGUUCUGUAAAACAACUCCACAAAGAAAUUAUUUACUUUGGUUUGGUAGGGAUAGAACUAGGAAAACAACAGUAUGAAGGAAUGGCACUUAUCUCACACGCUGCUUCCAAAUCAACCGAAAGAUGUUUCAAUCAGCAGAAAAUAUUUGAUCAAUCUAUAAAAGAAUCUGAAUUUCAAUAACAAGCAAUAUCCAUCAUGAAAAAAAAAAAAGGGAACUGACUUGCAUUCUGUAUAAUUACUGCCCAGUUGUAGAAUAGGUGUAUUAAGGUUAAAUUAAUUAUUUUGAAGAAAAAAAAGAGUUGGCAAAUAUGCUAUGUUUUUUUUUUUUGAGUGAACAUUAGCGUAGUUUAUGUUUAUUUGUUUGUUUGUUUGUUUGUUUUCUCCAUUACGGGGCUGCUCAUGUAUCAUUUGAAUUCUUAAAGUAAGAUUAAGGUUAUUAUUUUUUAUAUUGAGAGUGCUGUGAACACAAUUAGCAGGUUUUGAAUUUCAACUCGAUUAUGGCCAAGCAUUGCUUCUUCUUUGAAAAACAACUUUGUUUAUUAAAUGUUUCUGAAAUUUUGAUGCCAAGAUAUAAAGAGAGUUUCAGUUAAGAACUAAUAGGCAUAUGAAACCAUGCGACACGGCGUGCCACAAAGCAUUUUUGCCCACUGAGAAAAUGGUGGUCACUCUUCAGUUUACACAGCAGACAUUUUCAAAGUGGACAUUCAAAUUUGUACCAAUGGCAGGUCAACUGAAUUCCAUACAUAACAUAGCGAGUGCCCCCUCUAUUUCUUGGAAGUCUGUGGGCCAAGAUCAGUGUUAACUUUCAUUGCACUGUUUAGCUUACAUAUUUAUAAAGUUAGAUUAAGCAGAAAGAGGUCACCAGUGAAAGUACCAUCUGAGGUGUGUUACCUGUACCUGGUUCCCUGCAAUAGUUGAUUGGUGUAUUAACUCGCUGAGCAAUGUUCUGAUUUAGAAGCCUCUACGAAAUGUACCCAUUGGUACUAGUGGAGUUGGCUGGUCAAGUGUGAUGGCCCCCCCUGCUGAAAUACAAGACCUGCUUUAACACAAUUAAGUCUUUGCCGUGAGAUUGAAUAAUUGAUAAGUGGAUCCAUUGAAAACAAGACACCUUGAUCAAGCUGCCGCCAUUUUUUAAAAUCAGAUUCCCUGACUGUUGUACAUACAUAACAGUAGUGGUUUGUAACUA